CCCUCGCCGCCGCCCUAUAUGUGGGCCGCCGCGGGCACCGGGGCAUGGAGCGAGCCGUCCCGCUGCGGCGAUGGCGAUGGCGCUGGCGCAGGAGCGCCCGCUGGACGCGCUCGCCUACCUGGAGUGCCUGCUGGCCCUGCUGGGCUUCGCGAAGCUCUCGAUCGUGGGCUCGCCCUACGGCCGCUACUCCUCGCCGAGCUCCGGGCCCCGCCUGCCGGCGCGGGCCGCCUGGGCCGUGCAGGAGCUGCCCUCGCUGGCCGUGCCGCUGUACGAGUGCGCCCGCGCGUCGCCCGAGCGCCUGCGAAGCGCGCCCAACCGCGUCCUGCUGGCCAUGUUCGUCGCCCACUACGUGCACCGGUCAUUGAUUUUCCCAUUUCUGAUUCGAGGAGGAAAACCGACACCGGUGUAUUCGUGUGUAGUAGCAUUUUUUUUCUGCGCCUAUAACGGCUAUUUGCAAAGCAGAUACUUGAGCCAAUAUGCAGUGUAUGCCGAUGACUGGGUGACAGACCCCCGUUUCGUAAUAGGUUUUGUCUUGUGGUUAAUAGGCAUGCUAAUAAACAUCCAUUCAGAUCAUAUCCUAAGGAAUCUCAGAAAACCAGGGGAGACUGGAUACAAAAUACCCAGGGGAGGAUUGUUUGAAUAUGUAACUGCAGCCAACUAUUUUGGGGAAAUCGUGGAGUGGUGCGGCUACGCGCUUGCCAGCUGGUCUCUCCAAGGCGGGGCGUUCGCUCUGUUCACGUUUUGUAUUUUAUUGCCCAUAGCACAGAAGCAUCACCAGUGGUACCUUAAGAACUUUGAAGAUUACCCCAAAUUCAGAAAAAUUUUAAUUCCAUUUUUGUUGUAAGUGCAUUGUCAAUGAAAUUAUCUUCAACUUGAAGCUCUUCAAUGAUGUUUCUCUGGAGUCUACAUAAAUUAUAUCUUUGUAAUUUUCCUGUUACUUCAUUGUUUUCAAAAUGUGCUCUAGGAAUUUUUUUCCUAGUAAAUGUGUAAGCUACGUAAUAAGCUAAUCAGACUGGAAUCAGCUGAACAGGUCAGGGAUUUGUAGCUCUGGGUGAUUACUGCUGAUAACUUUUCUAACGUCAAAUUUACCUCUGUUGGCUACAUGUCGCUAACUGUACAAGACGGCACUUCAGGCAUCCAUGGGAUGAACAAAUGUGAACCUGACACAGCCAGUCCUUCAAGAGGGAUCCCAAGUGUCUAACUGGGCCUAAAUUUAAAAUAGAGCAAAGUGGCCGUUUGCUCACUAGCAGUCACACAUGUGCUCUGAGUUCCCCCAAAACUCUCACCUUUGUUCAACUUUGGAACGUCCGGAACUCUCAGCUGUAUCUACCAAUCAGAACUAAGCAAGUUUGAAUCCUUUGUUCACAUAAGUGGACUUGAUUGGGAACCUGGAUGGGAGGUUUCUCUAUAAAAGCCGAACUCUGCCUUUGUUCCUUGGAAUGCAUCUUCGUUUCAUACCACAGGCUGCAUGUCUCCACUGUGCAAACUAUUCACUGGAGUAGUCUUUCCUCUAAAUUCCUUUCCAGAGAACUUGUGUUUACGUCCUUGGUGUCAGAAGUGGGAUUCGAGGCAACACCCAACCUUCCUCCCAGCACCCCCCUGGCCCAGCGCAUGAGUGCGUACAAGAGGCACUUGAGCUCAGCUGCAUGCUCAGCACUGUGUCGGGGGUGCAGCUAGAGUAAGUUCUUUCCAGUUCCGACUUUCCUGCACUUUGGUUGAGGUCUUGGAGACUUUAUUCCUUCCUUGUAGGCCUCCUCCACUCAGAAGCCCCAGGGGCCCUUCCUUUCGGCCCCAGGUUUGGGGUGGGGGGCCUUCCCAGCUGGAUUCAGCCGUCUGUAGGGUUUUGAGGUGCUGCUCCCGAAUAGGGUACCAAGUCAGCAGGGCAGCGCAGCGGGCGGCACGUGCGUUAAGUUCGUUCCUGCGGGCGCUCCAGCUGGGCUUUGUGAGCAAAAACUAUGGUCCAAGGAGCUGUAAUUGGCUAGGUCUCUGGACAGAAAUUACCAGGAUCAUCUUAAAACUAGUUGGCCAAAUUGGGGUCUCAAACUUGCCUGUCUGUGAGCACAAUUAGAACAGAAAAUAACCUCCGAGAGACUUCGGGAAGCCUUUUUCAGCUGACACUUUGGAAGUUCUAAACGGAAUCAAGAGGCCGCCCUCGCCCCUCUUAGGGAAAAUAAUCGCAGCUUCAGUGAGCGCCUUAGCGAGGCAGGGACUCAAACCAAAGCUCUCGGACCCCUCUGGAAGACCCUUCUCGGCGGCCCACCCACCUUCUGCACCUUUAUGGUCACUUCUGCUUUGUCCUUUGCUCUCUCCUUCCCCUUUCACUCUUUCACCUGAUUAUUUGAAAAGGUUUCUAAAUUUUCUCUGGACUCAUCUGUGUGUUUUCUCCCGGCAUCUUGUGAUGAACUCCCGUGAUUUUUGUGUCAUUUGGACAUCCCGUGGAGAGAAGUGGCAGUGAUAAAAUUUGCUACUUACAUAAGUAAAGAUACUGAGGAGAAACCUCCAACUAGGACAGUGACUCUCAUGGCCACUGUGAAAGUCUAACAAACACGCCGGAAGGGCCCCUUCCCGCCUGGGCCAGCUGCCCGGUUGCUGUCUCUGUUCCCGCCACUCUUAACUGGGGGCUGGAAACAGAGAAGAGAGGACUUGGGGAGCCCAGGUGUGCGUUGGGAUCUGGCUGGGACCUCCAGAGCUCCCCUCAGGUCUCCCGCCCUCCCUGCCCCUUCCUGGCUCAGCUCCCAACCAGAGCCUGCGGGAGCCCCCUCCUCCCCUUGGUGGUUUUCGUACAGAAACUAUAUUGCGUGUAUUUGUGGUUUUUAGAGUCUCUUAUGGUUUUAGAAUUGGCACAGAGAACCUCUUGUGAUGUGGCUGCAUGUCACUUCAAUAAAAAACAAUGCUUUUGAA